CUAGCUUUUAAAAGCCACAAUUAGAUUCCAUUAUCUGUUGUGAGCUGCUAUAUUCUUUUGCAACAGCAAUAAAACUUCUAGUUGCGAUUUGGUAAAAAUCAUAAAUGUUCACUGAAAAAAACAAAUUCAGUGACGAACUGUUGUUAGUAUUAUAAACACUUUUGCAGAAUGUAAGAUAUAUUUACUUGAUGCAUCCACCAAUGUGCCUUAUUUUGGAUUUUGCUUGAAAGCAGUUUGUAAUGAUCUACGCUUACUCAGGAAAUUCUUGCUUCAACAGCGAAUGAUAGAACUGGACGCCUCUCCAAAGAAAUGUCGGUGGGAUGAGAGCAGUGGUUUAUUACCUGCUUCUAAGUGCACUAUUGAUAACAAACCAUUUGAAGUCGACGGAUCCGGUGGAGUACUAUGUAUAAACGUUGAAAGUUUAAGUCCUUUCGGAAGAAAUUCACAGCCGAACUACUUUAGUUCGUUUCAACCUCAUUACAGUAUGACGUUAAAGGACUAUCCUUCAGAUUUUGGAGCACUACCUCAAACUGAUUGUGUGACGCCAAAUAUUGAAUUUCUUACAUACCCUCAUUCCAUGACUGAUUCACAAGGAAAUCGCGAUGAACUCAGCACUCCAAUAACAAUUACUGGAUUCGAUAAUUCUUCCGGCAUAAGCGCUGAUUCAUACUUAUCUAAUCAAUUCAGUGAUAUUUCACAACAAUUAUCUAUUACUCAAUCAUUUUAUACAUUUGAACAACAAUCAAAUUCAAUUCCUGCUCCCUCGACUGCUCUUACUAUCCCCCCUAAUCCUCAUCAGCAUCAGCACCAACAACAUCAUCAUUGUGAAUUGGAUUCGUCAACAGAUCAAUUAUAUGAUUCUAAUGAUAUCAUCUGUCAUGAUAUUAAUUCCAUGAAUUCAUUUAUUCCAGAGAAUUAUCAUCUUUUAACAAAAUCACAAAAACAGUCAUUCUAUGAUUCAACUACAACAACCACUACCAGCAUGUUAACUGAUUCAAAUUAUUUUCUAACCAGCACUACAACACCUACAACACCUACAACACCACCACCUACAAAAACAACAAUGAAUCUUUAUUGUAACAAUGUCAAAAAAUGUAAUCAUCAUCAUCACGAUCAGACAUCAUUAGUGCAUGAUUCCAUGUUCUGGUUGAAUCAUCCUGAUCAUCCUCGUCCUCCUCAUCACCAUGAUCAUUCACAAGAAUCAUUACGUCAUCAUCAUACAGCAGAUUUAAUGAACACUAUACACAGUCAUCCUGAUAAUUAUUCAAUCAUAAUCAAUAGUAAUCAUAAUAAUACUAAUACUAAUACUACUAAUACUACUAAUAAUAAUAAUCAUGCAAGUAGUAUUCAAAUGAGCCUAAUGAUUCCUGUUUCCAUUGAACAUACAAAUGAUGUAGGCUGUGCUCCUCCUGCUCCUGCUGCUCCUCCAGUGAAUAAUACUGAUCCUAUGAUGAUGAUGAUGAUGAUGAAAUCAUUCAAUGAUCAAUCAAUGAAUCAAUUGAAUGAUAUGGAACUUUUAACAAAUCCAAAUACUGUUGUCAUAUGUAAUGAUUUGAUGGAGAAUUUAUACAAUUGUAAUAAUAGUAGUACUACUUGUACUACUACCACUAUUACUACUAUUACUAAUACUAAUACUAAUACUACUAGUAGUACUGUCAGUAAUCAUCACCAUCCUCAUCUGCAUCAUCAAUGUGAUAUAAAUAUGACUUCAUUACAAGUUUAUCCUACAAUAAUCCCAACGAAUUAUUCACCAACCAUAUCAUCGACAUCAUCAUCCUCGUCAUCAUCUGCUUCUGCUCCUUCCAUUGUUCUAUGUACAGAAACACUGACCAAUAUACCUUCAGCAGGAGUUGCUGCCCUACAACAACCACCACUACCACCAGCGGCGGCGGCGGCGGCGAUAUCAUCACACGGUAUCACAUCAAUCACGUCAACAUCAUCAAUAUUAUCUUUAUCAAAUUUAUAUUAUACAAAUCAAGAGUAUAAAUUACCAAUUGGUUUAAGCUUUCCUCAUCAACAACAACAACAUCAUUCUUACAAAUCUAAUCAUCAUAUUGAUUUUGUUAGCAAUCAUAAUAGUAAUCAUAAUAAUAAUAAUAAUAUUAACAGUAAUAAUAAUAAUAAUAAUCAUAUUCAGUCGAAUGAGAAAAAAUGUAAAGUUUGUGGUGAUCGAGCAGUGAAUCAUAAUUUUGGUCAAUUGACAUGUGAAUCAUGUAAAGCAUUUUUUCGACGUAAUGCACAUAAAGAAUUAACAUGUACAGCUAAAUCUGGAGAACAUGUAAUCACACCGACUACACGUCGUGAAUGUCCAUCGUGUAGAUUGAAACAAUGUUUUCGAGUUGGUAUGAGACCAGACCUAAUUCAAGUUCGUAAAAAAGAUGGAAGUAAACCACGUUGGUUGGAUAAAGUACCACGUGCAGCGAUUGUUCAUGAACAACAUUUACAAUCUUCUGAAUCAUUACAAUGGUUAACAAAUAUCGAUAAUAAUAAUAAUCAUAAUCAUACUGCAUUACAUAAUAGUAAUAAUAAUAAUAAUAAUAAUAAUCAUGAUACCGAUCUUGACAAUACUACAAAUCAUAUUACCACUACAAAUAAUCAUCAUCAUAACAAUAAUAAUUCUAAUCAUCGUAUAAAAUAUCGUUUAAAUCCUGAUAAAUUUUAUAAAAAUAAAGCCAAAGAAUUGAAACUUCAUUUAACUGAACCCCAACAACAUCAUAACAAAGAGAUUAAUAAUACUACUAAUAACACCAAUGACAGUGGGAAUUGUCUAGAGAAAUCAAUACAUUCUAAACGAUUCAAAGCCAACGCAAUGGAUUCCAUGAAACUCUUCACUGAUUGUCCAUAUUCUAGUGGUGCAGUUCAUCCACAACAACAACAUCCUCCCUAUCCACCAGCGAUGUCACCAGCCCAUUCACUUUCAUUGCAUCAACAACAUCAACCAAACGACAAUGAAUUCACCAAUUGUGAUCGAUUUAAUGAUUAUUGCGUAUCGAUCACAUCCAAUAAUACAUUGUUAACUAAUCAAUCGGAUAUUUUAAAUCACAAUAAUAAUAAUAAUAAUAAUAAUAAUAAUAUUCCAUCAUAUUCAAUGAAUUCAAAUCAUUUUAUCGAGAAAGAUUUACUCAUAAAUUCAAUCACUAAUCAUUUGACUACUGAUAAUAAUGUUAGUAGUAGUAGUAGUAGUGGUUGUAUGAGUGAUAGAAUCAGUCCACGAUUAAUGACCACCAGCACAAUGACAACAAAUUAUAAUAUACCAACGGAUACAGUUUUUCAUUUCAAUGAAUUCAUACAUCCAAAUUCAUCAUUGACAAUGAAUGAUAAUCAUGAAAUGACUGUAAACAAUUUCCACAGUAUUACGUCAUCAACAGCAUCAUCAUCAUCAUCAUCAUUGUCUCUUACCGUACCGUCGACAACAGCGAUGAUAGACACAACAGGAACGUUGAUGAACACAACAACAACAACAACUUCUCCUAGUUCUGUGAAUGCUAUGAUCAUCAAUACAAGAAUGAAGAAUAAUGAUGUUAAUAUUGAAGAUGAUGAGAAGCAUCCUGCUACGGAUUUACUAUUUUCAGAACCUCAACAACAACAUCAUCAUCAGCAGCAGCAUCAAGAGCACCAGCAGCAAAAACAAACUGUGAAUAUCAACAAUUUGGAUGAUCCUAUUAGCCAAUUAGAUGAUCUGAUUCUGUUAACAAAUCCUACACAAUUAUUAAUUGAACAACCAACUAUCGAUCAAUUAAAAUCAUCUGCUCAAAUUCUAUCACCAUCAUUGUCAUCAUCAUCAACAACAAUCACGACAACAGUUUAUAAUGAUGAUAUCACUAAAAAUAAUUUAAUUUACAAUUUUCUAAAUACCAACUCAUCGAUUUCUUCCACUAUCCUACUGCCAACUACUGAUAUCUCCCAUAUAAGUAGUAUAAAUAAUAAUUUGUCAGAAAUUUGUGAACAAUCACAUUUCACCACAGUAUGGAAUAAUGAUUCAUUAAUCCAACCAAUGAAGAAUAAUCAUUCACAAUUAAAUGAAGAAGAAUGUUUAACAUUAUUAAAUAAUCAUCAUGAUUUAUCAGUACAACAGAUAAAUGACUUCUCACCAUCAUUAUUAUUAUUGCCAUCUUCAUCGAUUUCUCUACUGUCCUCAUCAUCAUCAUCAUCGUCUUCCUGUUCAUCGUCAUCAUCCUCGUCCUCGUCGGUGUCAAUGAAAUAUACUGAAAUACAAUCAGAUAAUCAUCAGAUGAUAAAUAAAUUUUUACAAAUUGAACAAAAUUCCAAUGAAAUGAGUAAUUACAUGUUACCAGUAGAGUUCAAUAAUCACAGUGAUGUAUUGAACGAGAAUCAAUCAUCAUUAUUAUUGUCCAAUGUUCCACAUGCAAUCAAUAUCACUGUUGAUAAUACAACUACUAAUAAUAAUAAUAUUCAGUCAAUAACUGCAUCAUUAUCAUGGCCAAAUUUCAAUGAUCAAAUUGAUUCGAAUAAACAAGACUUGCAAACGAAGAAGGGUGAACAAGUAAGUAAUGAAAUAUGGAGUAUGUAUAAUUAUUUAUUAGUAAAAUGUGUACACUUUUAUUUGUAG